AGGAGGAUCUCUGAGCAAAAUCUGGGGAAGAGCUAAAACCCCAAAUCCCCAAUAAACCCUAUCUCUGUACUGUGUAUUCGGCACCUGAGCUGAGAUGGCCUCCUUCGCUGCUAGAUCUAUCUUGCGCUCCGCCCGAUGCCCCGCCGCCAGAAUCUCCGUCGGCGUCAAGCCGAGGGCUUCUCCUUCUCCAUUUCGUCUCCCAUCCCAAAAUCCCCUCUCCGCUCGCAUUUUCAGGUCACCCGUGGAGAUGAGCAGUGUUGCCGUGGCUUCGAUGUUGCCCUACCACACCGCCACUGCCUCAGCUCUGCUUACCUCCAUGCUUUCCGUCGCUCCGCGUACCCACGCUUGGACUAUCGAGGCUUGCAUCGAGGGGGUAUGAUGACUGUUGGAUUGUUCCAAAAGCAUUUUCGCAUGUGCACUAGAAUAGUACAUCUGAUAAGUAGUCAUAUGGCUAGAGCUCAGCGCAAGAGAUGGCCAUUUUUUGGUGGAUUUUCCUUUUGUGGUCUACUAGAGUGUCAAAUAAGGAAAUUAGAGUUGCUUGUUGAUUUGUUGUAGUGACAAGUGACUGAAUUAUGUAAAAUUGUGGCAUCUAUUCCUUGAGAUGUGGUAAUUGUUAUGCAACUUCGUCAUACUAUACCUUAAGGCACUGACCUGUCGUAGCCUAACACUGACAGGUUAUGAUAAAUGCACUACCUGCUAUCUGUUCGUUAACAACCUUUUGACUUGGGCU